GCACGUUCGCUCCUGUCCUGGCUCCACCACCCCACGCAUCCCAGAGCACAGCAGCCUCCAUUGCCGCUCUCUCGUCAACCAUGGCUCGGCAAACGCAGCUCCUGUUCGUAGCCACGCUCGUGGCCUCUGCCACAGCGGCCGCGGCGGCAGUGGAGCUCGUCGUCCAGGGGCGCACGGCGGAUGUGGCGGGGUGGAUGCGUUCGGGACCCAGCUCCUGCGAAGGCACGGUAGAGGAGUGCCUGCGCGAGCGCGAGCACGACGGAGGAUUUGGACUCAGGCGGCGCCUUUUCUACGAGGAGGAAGAGGAGGAUGGCGGCGGCUACCCUACGCAUACGCAGUACAUCAGCUACUCCGCGCUGAUGAGGGACUCGGUGCCGUGUUCCGUGCCCGGCGCGUCCUACUACAACUGCCAUCCGGGCGCCGUCGCCAACCCCUACUCGCGUGGCUGCUCCGCCAUCACCCAGUGCCGCGACUAGCCGGACCACCGCCCUAUUUUCUCCCUCAGGCUGCAGCAGCUCUGCUUCGUCAGUUAUUUUUGUUCUCUGUCCACUUUGUGAUGUUUUUGGGUGACGGUCGAUACACGAGCUACACGUCCAGCACUGUUACGUGGAUGGAACAAGUUGAAGUGACAGAGGCUUGUAUACUACCGCCCUGUUUGUUUACAGGGAUUUUGUCGCCCUAUUUAUUUCCAGGGACUAACUAAAGAAACUUUUUUUUUAGUCCCUAUGUAAUCAAACAUGAGGGAUUUUUUUUAAGGUCUAAAAAAACUUUAUUGGACGGACUUUUUUCUUUA